ACACCACAGACCGGGGAGGUGCGUGGGGGUUCUACGCGGUGGAAACCCUCCACGCUGCGGGUUUUCAGCGCGGAGCCCCGAACGAGCUUGUAGUUGACGGGUGCUAAAUUUAGCUGCCAUCCGUGCAGGGGCUAGCUAACGUGCUACAUCGGUAGCUUCACCUCGAGCUAGCGACGUUUGUCCAGUGAAAGCACGGCUAAAGGGACUAUUUCAGAGAAAAGCUGCCCAGGGAUUUGUUGUGCAGGACUUCCGAUGAUCAGCCAUGGAUGAGGACGACAAUCAAGAUGAGUUGAUCAAUCACAACGCCUCCCACAGCAAAGGAAGACGUGCUGCAUUGUGGGCCAUCUCAGAUGACUCGGAUGAUGAUGCUGAAGGGGAGUCUGAGGAGGGAGAAUCUGACAGUGGUGAGGAAGAGGAGGAGGAUCAUAUAGAUGGAGUGGAUGAGGAGGAGGAGGAAGAAGAGGAGGGAGAUGAAGAGGAUGAAGAUGCUAAGGCAGAGGAUGGUGCUUUAGGAGGGACCUGUGCUGACCUGGCAGGGAUCAGCUCAGAUGAGGACUCAGAUAAAUGUCCCAUCUGCCUUAACUCGUUCAACAGCCAGCCCGUUGCAACACCAGAGAGCUGCGAGCACUACUUCUGUCUCGACUGCAUCCUUGAGUGGACCAAGAAUGCAAACUCCUGUCCUGUUGACCGUCUUGCCUUCAAUAGCAUAUACCUCAGAAAAUGUUAUGGUGGCAAAGUGAAGAAAAUCAUCACAGUGCAAAAGCCUGUGAAGGAGGGUCAAGAAGAAACAGUAGAUCUGGACCUGGAACAGACCAAUUGUGAGGUGUGUGGGGGCAGUGACCGCGAAGACCGCCUCUUGCUCUGCGAUGGUUGUGAUGCUGGGUAUCAUAUGGAGUGUCUCACACCACCUCUAGACUCUGUUCCUGUAGAAGAAUGGUUCUGUCCUGAAUGUGAAGCCACCAAUCGUCACUUAAGGAAUUCAGCCCUUGAUGUUAGUGAUACAGAAAGCCUGCCCUCUACUGCCCGCCAUGCCACCAGCCACCACCAGCCCCGUGCCACAGGUCCCACCAGAGCGAUCGCUCGAACUCAGCAGAGCGAGAGGGUUCGAGCCAGUGUCAACAGACAUCGCAUCACACAGGCACGCACGUCACAGUUGGCUCCCACAUAUCUUAUUCAGUCCACAUGGCUGGAUGAGACAAUAAAUGCUGUGGUGGCUGGGCUCAAUACGGCUGUGUAUAUACGGGACUUAACACCUCGUGUCCGAUCAAGCCACAGGCGGAGGACGGGGAAGCGUAGAAAGGUCAGCAGCAAGAGGACAUCUUCUGCGAAGGGUAAAGGUGCAACUACAGGAUUCAGGAGGAGAAAAAGGAGAGUGAGGAGAUCCAGAAAAAAGCUGGUGAAAAAGACAGCCACUCCUCGAGGACGUAUUGCGAAUAAUCUUGGAAUUGUAAAAGACAAGAAGAGCUCUUCGCUUCCUACAGUAUACCGGCCCUCAGAGCACACACUAAGCAACAUGCGUGCUGACAUAGGUGCUGCAUCCCUCUCCAUCUAUGGAGAUCCAUUUGACCUGGAUCCAUUUACAGAUCGCGAGGAGGAGCAGCAGCAGGCCCACGUUUCAUCGCUGUUGGAGGCCAAGAGACGAGGAAUCUCUCGCUCUGCUCUUCGCUCUCACCAGCCUGUAGCUCGACCAGUCACUGCCAGCCUUUCCAGGAGAGGUGUGGAUGUCCCCCAAUCAGGAAGUGUCGUGGAGGCGGCUCCUGUGCCUGACCUGCUUGGCAGUAUACUUACAGGACAAAGCAUGCUCUUGAUGGACAGCUCUGAUGUUGUCAUUAGUCGAGAUGGUUCCCUUAAAGCUACCAAGCCAAUGAUGCCAUCCACAGUAAAGCCAGGUAGCAGCAAUAGCAGCAGCUCAGGAGAUGUGAGCAUCAACCCCGGGAUGUCACCGUUGCAAGGAGACAGUUCUCCGUCUCCCCACUACAACGGACACCUAACAGGAUCCUCCCACAGCUCUAUAAACAGACCUUUGCCCCAGAGCUCUGUUCGCUCACCCCCAUGUACACCCUGCCCAGCCACCCACACCCAACCACCUCCCUAUUCUGAUUUGCCACCUAGAGGUCAUCCAGGUUUGCAGCCACCUCGUCCAAACAGACACACCCCCUCUCAUGGUCACCGGGGAAUCGAUGACAUUACAGCCCCUAGGGAAACCUCCUCCUCGUCCAUCCAAACUGCACCAGGCUCAAACUUCAAGGGAAAGGGAACGAUUCCAUCGCAGUCUCAACCUAAAAAAGCACCCACAAAGCCGAUGUGGGUCGACGUAUCAGUGCUUCCUAGGAUACCAAAAAUUAAAAGGGAAAGUAGUGGUGAGACAAAUGAUGGCAGUAGUCAAACUGGCAGUAGUGUCAGUAAUAGAAUCAGUAGUACUAGCGGGAGUAGUAGUAGUAAUGGUCACGUUAUGCCUGAAAUGGGCAUGAACAGCCUCGCUGGGGACAAGAGCAGGCAGCAAAGUGUAGACCAGCAGAAGGGAAGGGUUGAUGGUCAAGCCCAGAGGCAUAGGUCUGACGGAGCGGGGUCAUCAUCAUCAGCUUUCUCCAACUCAUUUUCCUCCUCUUCUUCCUCCACUGGUUCGCACGCCAGCCAGCCACGGAAUUCUUCAUCUUCCUCAUCUUGCUCAUCUUCAUCAGCAGUGAGCUUCCGUAUUAACUCCAGUGGGAACUCCUGGCAAUCGAGGCGGCUAAGCACUGCAUCACCCUCUACUAGUGGUUGCAGCACAAAAGAACACUGGAGAGAAAAGGAAGAUGAAGCUAAGAGGAGACAGUUGCGCAGGGAUAAGCAGAUGCUACUUGCAUCGCAUACGCUGGUUAAUAAUGAACAAGACAGGACUAAUAUCUAUGAUCCCUUUAAUCCCACUCUGUCAGACUCAAGCAGCUCAGACAGUGAAGCUGAGAGCUCAAGGCUGGAUAAGAGCUCCCUACAUACCACACAUAAGUUCAAGGCUCCUAGUUUAAGACGUAAGGAGGAUGUAGUGCAAAAUAAGCAGGACCUGGUUCAUGUGAAAACUGAAACAGAGGAGACUGAGGUCUCACAGGAAGAGCCGAGGAGCGCGAAUGCUCUGGAAACCAUAUCACAGGAGGCUGGAUGCUCACAGGAAUAUGUCAAGGUUGAAAAACAAUCAAGAUUAGUAGACAUUAAGGUUGAGAAACAAACAUCAUUACUUGACACUAUACUUAAGAAAGAGCCAGAUGAUGAAGGGGAAGCAGAAAGCUGUCACGAUGUAACAAUGGAUUUAAAUUCAGAGACAGCUGACAUCACAGCACCUGCUCAUCACAGCCUCAGCGUUUUAAAGACUGAGAAAGAGACAGUGGAAGAGGACAGUGUGCAGUCUGAAGGAUCUCAACGCAGUUCUUUCCCUAACUGUAAGAAGGAUUCGUCAGCAUCCAACUCUGCUCCUACCAAGAAGAAACAAACAGAAUCCAAAUCGGACUCCACAUCUUGUUCCAAGUCUCCAUCAACAGAUUUGAGCCAUAAGAGGAAAACAUCCAAAGCUCCGAAAGAAUGUCAAUCUAGCAGCUCAGAGACGGACAGAAGCAAGAGAGGAGACCAUCAUGCCUCUGACCAGGGAGGCAGUCCAGAAAAGGAGAAGGACAGAGAAAGGAGCUCCAGGAGGUCAAGGUCCAGAGAGAGAAGGAGAGCACGCUCAACCUCACAAAGCUCUCAGUCCAACUCCCCUGAUAAGAGUGGCAGAAAGAGACGGCGAUCCCGGUCGCUUUCCAAAGACAGAAGGCGAUCUAGGUCUGUUUCCAGCUCGAGUAGCAGAGAGCGUUCAAGAAGGAAGAAGCAUAAGCAAAAGAGCAAGGCGAGAAAUGAUGACAGAGAAGGAGACCACAAGAGAGGACACAUGUCAAAGGACAACAGACCCGGUCGUUCCCGGUCGCGUUCCAGGUCUAGAUCCUCAUCAAGAUUGAAGGACAAUAAACGGGGCUUGUCUCGUUCAAAAUCACGGUCAAGAUCAAGAUCCAGGGAAAGGAGGAAAGAUCACACUCGACAGCAACAGCCAUAUCAAUCCUACAGAGACAAAGUGGGGUCACGAUCGAAAGACAAGAAGAGACACAGGUCUAGAUCGAGCUCAAAAGAGAGGAUGAAAGAAGAAGGAUCAUCAUCCAAGAGUUCACAGAAAAACUUGGGGUCCUCUGUUUCCUCCUCUAAACACAAGAAGCAGAUACAAGAAAAGAAAAAAGAGAAGGAAGUCAUUCAAAAUUCACUCAAAGAGGAGAAAAAAACUAGAGGAAAUAAACAGGAGUUCCCCCCCUCGACUUCCACAUCUAAAGUUAAAAAGGAAGUCAAAGACCUCAGGGCAGACAACGAGGCCCCAACAGUGGAAAUGCCAAAAGAGGUGAAGGUUGUAAAAGUAAUUAAGAAAGAAAAAGAAUCAUCUCUUGAUAUGUUUGAAGAUUCUCCUAUCACUAAAUCAAUAAAGACAGAAGAAAUCGACUCUUGGUCUUUGCCAGAAACCAAAGGCACAAAAAAGGAGGUGGCUGAAGAAGACCUCAGCAAGACUCGGAUGUGUGCAAUAAAGACUGAGACGUGUGAAAUUGCAAUUAAAUCAGAGCCAAGUUCACCUAAAGUGAACCACCUCACCUCAUUUUCUACAUUGACAACACCUGCCACAGCAGACACUCACCAGGAUGCAGCCUCUCCUGGGUUAAUGACCUCAGAGGAACAGCCAAACACUGCAGGGCUGACUCUCUCUGUAAAGCAGGAAGUUCUGCAACCCUCUGACUCUGAUGACGAUGACUUCAAUGUCGAUGUGAUGCUUGACAACCUGGACUAUGUGAAGUCUGAGUGCACAGGGGGAGGCGGUGGCUUUGUCAAACAAGAGAAGGAAGAUGAGGAGGCGAAAAAAGAGGGAGAGCAGGUGUCGGCUGUGGUUGGAGCAAAAUCUAAGGCUCCAGUAAAGAGGGUCACCUGGAAUAUACAGGAGCCCGAGGGGCCCCAACCAGAGAAAUCUGCAAGCAAGGUGGCUCUUUAUAAAUUGAAGCUGAAGCAGGAAGGGGCUCGAAGACCCUCCUCCACGGUCCAGACAUCCAGUCAGGACAUCACUGGAGCUGUAGGUGAGUCCUCCAAAAAAGGUGCAGCCGCUCCACUCAGGUCUUCCUCUAGAUCUGAUGGCCGAAAUCCAGAGGGCUUAUCAGUGACUGCACAAGGAGAUGAAGAGGAAGGAGAUAUGUCGAGGAAAGAUAAGUAUUUGAAAAAGUUACACAUGCAGGAGAGAGCUAUAGAGGAGGUGAAGCUAGCUAUCAAACCUUUCUACCAGAAGAGGGACAUCAACAAGGAUGAAUACAAAGACAUUCUACGCAAAGCUGUUCAGAAGGUGUGCCACAGCAAGAGCGGCGAGAUCAACCCAGUUAAAGUGGGCAAUCUGGUCAAGGCAUAUGUGGACAAAUACAAACAUGCUAGGAAACAUAAGAAAGGAGAGGACUUAGGGAAGGAACCUCAAAUCUCCGACAGCCCAUGAGGAGUUGUGACCUACAGGCAAGAGCAGCUGCACCCAACACAAACACACAUUCAUGUUAUUCUAAGUUUUAACGAUGAAUGGUUGACUUCGAACUCUGAUCACUUAAACCACCCAUGGGUGUCCGUCUCUUGGACGGUCACUGCCAUGAACUACUCAGUUUAUGUCUUGCAGCUCAGAAAGUUAAUGGGAGACUUUGAGUUUGUGCCUUAAAGAGGCAAAUCUCACAGGACCCUCCCAUGGACUGAUAAAUCAGGUUGGGUAUCAGUGGAAGGAUGCAGUGUGGACUUUGAGGUUUCUAUGGCAUUUUUGUUUUGUAAAAGCAGGGGUAUUUAUCAGUGGUGAAACACAUUUUUUGUUAAGAGAUGACUUCAAAGUAUGCAGUGAAUGCAUAUUUCAACCAGAGACACUUAUGCAAUUUUUGUAGAAAAUUUCAGUAGAGAAAUGAAACACAGAUUUGGUUGUAAAUACUAUAGAUUUGAUAUAUCCUUGUAUGUUCCUUACAUCUGUGUUGCCUGCUCUGAAUGACUUGACAUAAAUGGUUCUAGUUUGUAGAGUUGAGAUUUUUUUUUGUAAUGUACUUAAAAGCAUCCGUUUCCUGUCUUCCACAUCUCAAGUAUCCAUGUUGGUGAAUUCUUCCUCAGUAGUUGAACAAAUGGAUGAUGGAGUCACUCUUCUCAAAAAACUUGAUUUCUUAUGCGCUGAAAAACUAAAUGACCUAUUUUGUCAACCCUCUGAGUGAAAUGUUGAGAAUUUGGGAUU